CGCGGGUAGUCUUCAGUCAUCUAGCAAAGCUCGGUGCGUGCGGUUGUCUCGUGUGUGUCGAACAUUUAUCGAAUUUUCACGUACGGAGCUGAACUUUUGAUGUGACUGUGUCAAAGUGUUUGUGUUAUUCAACUUUUGGUGACGUUUAGUGUAGUAAACUGAUAUAUUGAAGGCUGUAGUGACUUUCAGUGAGAUUGCAGAUCCUUGGUGCGGGAUUUGUGUUCAUUCCGAGAAGUUGAAACUAAUGGAUCCCAAUAAGAGCAGUUGAGUUUGUCGGUGAAACAUGAGUCUCGCCGCCAUUGCGUUUUGGCGCGAAAUGCCAAUCGCGGUCAUCUUCCUACUGGCAACGGUGUGUCUCGCUACAGCCAGAGAUAUUGUAUUGGACCAAAACUUUUCGCAUACAGAAGUGGCAGUAAACGAGCGAUUACGAUUGACGUGUGGUCUGAAGCCGAGCGUUGAGAAAUCUUCCGUGCUUUGGUACAAAGAUGGAGUGCUCAUUGACACCCAGAGAAGCAGAUUAGUGCAGACGAAACAGUGGUUGAGGAUAAAAUCAUUCAGACCCAAAGAUGUAGGAGUAUAUUCAUGCAAAGUCGACAAUGAUGAUGCCAAAGAAUUUUCAUUAAGAAUCAGCCAAAAACACAAUACUCAAGAUUUUGAAGGUUUCCAAGCCGAUAUGGGAGAAAGUGUACCUCCAGAAAGCCUUUCACAAAUCAGAACGGCAGCUUUAGUAGACAAUAAUACGCUUGAAGAAAACGCAACUGAUAGCAAACGAUAUAGUAAAGACGACGAUCCAGAUGAAAAAGGGGAGAAAGAUCAUCCAAAUUACGGACAUAUAGAUGAGAAACAAGAAUAUUUUCCGCCUCGAUUCAAGCAUCCCACGAAAUUAUAUAACAUGGAUAUGAAACCUGCAGGGAACUCCAUAAGAAUCCGAUGCGCUGCAGAAGGGAACCCUACGCCGAACAUAACUUGGUACAAAAACAAAAGUACACCAAUAUCUAGGAUGUUCUUCCAGCCAUCGUAUGGAAAGUGGUCGAUGGGUAUGGAGGAGUUGACCAAAGCUGACAAUGGAAAUUAUACUUGUGUCGUUUGUAAUAUACUUGGCUGCAUUGAGCAUACACUGGCUCUGCAUGUUCAAGAGCGUCUUUACGCGAAGCCUGUCCUGACAGCAGGGGCAGACAACCAAACUGUGUUGGUUGGGGAAACUGCUCGUUUCAGUUGUCAGUUUCUCACUGACAUGCAUCCGUCAGUCUAUUGGAUGUACUUUACAAGAGACGAGAACAUCAACAAUGUUACGGUUGACCCCUCCGAUGUUAAGCUCCAACAGACUAUGGUCUACUACGACAAAAAUAAAGUAGUCACGAGUGAAAAUCCGGAAGACAAACCAGAACAGCUGACGAUAUACAAUGUAACCAAGGAAGACGAAGGAUGGUACGUCUGUAUAGCUCUCAAUAGCUUAGGAAACACAACGGCUAAGGGAUAUUUGACUGUACUGGAAUCACCCCCAGUACUAGAAGCACCGGAUCACGGAAAACAUACAUUACUGAUAAACAUACUGACAGUAGUCCUUGGAGCCAUGUUCUUCGUAGCUGCCAUCAUAGUGGUGAUGAUUUGCAAGAAAUUGAAGAGGGAAAAGGAACAGAAACAGCUAGCAAUAGAGACUGCAAGGGCUGUGAUAGUGACGCAUUGGACAAAAAAGGUCACUGUUGAGAAACCACAGAUGAAUGGCUCACCUACUGCUACGGGUGAAGCUUUGCUGAUGCCAGUCGUAAAAAUCGAGAAACAGAAGCUGCAACAAGUCCAGAACACGACGAGCGAUUCGAUGAUGAUGUCGGAGUAUGAGUUACCGAUGGACAUCGACUGGGAAGUUCCCAGAGAUUCCCUGUGUAUUGGAAAGGUGCUAGGGGAGGGAGAGUUUGGAAAGGUGGUUAAAGCCGAGUGCAUAGGAAUAUUGAAACCAGGCAUGCAGUCUGUUGUGGCUGUUAAAAUGUUGAAAGAGGGCCACACAGACGCGGAGAUGAUGGCUUUGGUCUCAGAGAUGGAGAUGAUGAAGAUGAUUGGCAAACACGUAAACAUCAUCAACUUGUUAGGCUGUUGCACACAAGACGGACCACUCUACGUCAUCGUGGAAUACGCACCUAAUGGAAACUUGAGAGAGUUCCUAAGGAAUCAUCGACCUGGAAAUAGAUACGAGUCGCCAACAGAAGACUUGAAGGAAAAGAAAACACUAACACAGAAGGACUUAGUUUCAUUCUCAUAUCAAGUUGCUCGAGGAAUGGAAUACUUAGCUUCCAGACGGUGCAUCCACCGUGACUUGGCGGCUCGUAACGUCCUCGUCUCCGACGACUGCAUCCUCAAGAUAGCUGACUUCGGUCUGGCUAAGGAUGUCCACAGCAACGACUACUAUAGGAAGAAGACGGAAGGCAGGCUACCAGUACGAUGGAUGGCACCAGAGUCGCUGUACCAUAAAGUUUUUACCACUCAGACUGAUGUCUGGUCCUUUGGUGUGCUACUAUGGGAGAUAAUGACGCUGGGUGGCACGCCAUACCCUACUGUCCCGGGACAGUACAUGUACCAGCACCUCAGCGCAGGACAUCGGAUGGAAAAACCUCCAUGCUGUAGUCUUGAAAUAUACAUGCUGAUGCGCGAGUGCUGGUCCUUCUCUCCAGGAGACAGACCCUCGUUCACGGAGCUUGUGGAGGAUCUAGACAAGAUCCUUACAGUGACCGCCAACCAAGAGUACCUGGACCUUGGUCUACCACAACUGGACACUCCACCAUCAAGUUACGAUGGCUCAGGAGACGAAAGUGAUAGUGAUUUCCCCUUCAUCAAGUAGACUUUUGGAAGUAGCAAUGAACAGUAUUACUUACAAGUGUAGCAUGUUUUUGUAAGAGGAUUUAAAAAUGUGGUGUCGUAAGUUAUAUUACUGGUGUUGAUAGUCUUUGUAUAUUAUGAUUUCUAAUUAGUGUUUGACCUUGGAUGGAAC